GAGGCAGCAGCAGGAGGAGGAGGAGGAGGAAGACGAAGAACAACACAGUAGCAGCAACAUGGGAAAGAAAUCUCUGUACCUGCUGAUUUCUUCUGCCCUUCUCGCCUAUUUUGUGUACACUCCUAUCCCAGAUAACAUCGAACAACCAUGGAAACUAAUGAUGACCUGGGCUUUCAUUAGGGUUCAAGUACACCUGUCAGGGCUUUUGGAAAUACUGGGAUUUCCACCUCUUCUACUCACGUACUUCCUUGAAGUACCACCAACAUCAGAUGCAAAUGUCACAGUAACAGAUACUCUGUUCAAUAAAGUCCCAGUCCGAGUCUUUGAGCCAAAGCAAAAGUUGUCUACAAUGAGAAGAGCCGUGUUUUAUAUUCAUGGUGGUGGCUGGACCGCAGGAGACGCUGCUUGGAUCCCCUAUGAUGAUUUGGGAAGACAGAUGGCGAGCAAACUCAAUGCUGUGGUCAUAUCAACUAACUACAGACGAUCACCUCAAUAUCACUUUCCAACUCAAUUUGAAGAUGUAUAUGAUGCCUUAAGGUGGUUCUUGAGGAAGAAAGUCCUUGAAGAGUAUUGCGUGGACCCCGCUCGCAUCUGUAUUGCUGGAGACAGUGCUGGGGGAAAUUUAGCUGCGGCUGCCACUCAGAAGCUCCUGGAUGACUCAGAAGUCAAGAUAAAAGUCAAGAUUCCAUCUUUAAUUUAUCCUGCUCUUCAGGCUCUUGAAUCAUAUAGAGAAAAUGCCCAUAUACCCAUCCUGACAAAAUAUGACAUGGUUGUGCUUUGGAGCUUGUAUUUCACCUCAGACAAGGCACUGAAGGAAGGCAUGCUUGCUAACCAACACACACCUGUGGAAUCCAGCCAUCUCUUCCAGGUUGUCACCUGGAGUACCCUGCUUCCUGAGAGGUUUCAAAAAGGACAUCUGUAUACCAACCCAAUUCAUGGACACUCUGACCUUGCAAAAAAGUACCCGGGAUUUCUGGAUGUCAGAGCAUCGCCCCUAUUGGCUGAUGACUCUAAGUUACAGGGUUUGCCCUUAACCCAUAUCCACUGUCAGUUUGAUGUCUUAAGAGAUGAUGAGCUCAUGUAUGUCUCCUGCCUUAGGGCUGCAGGGGUCAAGGUAGUCCAUGAUCAUGUGGAAGAUGGGUUCCAUGGAAUCCUGUUACUCAUCAGGAAUUUUAGAGCAGGCCAUAGGAAACUCAACAAAUAUCUGAAGUGGCUAGAGGAGAAUCUCUAGUGACAAUUCAGCCAUUCCAUUCCACCAAUAGCCGAUUUCUCAUGUAUACAAGUCAGAGUAUUGGCUGCUGGCAGGGUUGAAGCAGGCUGUGAGUAGGGGUUAGAAAAUGGGCUAAGACAUGGUUUUGGAUAUAAGAUUUGUGAACAAAUAGCUUCAACACACACUGAAGUGAAGGGGAGAAAACUUGCAUUGACAUAUUACCAAGUUAAAUAUCCCAAGUGCUUUGGAGAAGUUAAACCAGAUAAAUUGGGGUCAAGAAGAUGAUCAGUGAAGCUCCUGUCUCUGUCUUGAGCACUGCCCCUAUACCCUCAACUGUGUACUGCACAGGCCCACCUGAAUGUCCUAAGGAGAAAAUGUAAAAGGAUCUUGGUCUUGCUGACUCUAAAACACUUUAGAAAUGUCACUGGUUAUUGCUGUAGUGGUGUUUUUUGUUAUUACCAUCACCUCCAACACAGACAGGUCC